AUGAAGGAUGUUUCAGAAGCGCAGGGUAGCAAGCGAUAUCCAAUAUUCGUCAUCAUUAUACUUGCGCUAGCUGCUUCUGCAGUUGUGGCACUAAUCAUCGGCAUGGGCAUCCGUAGGAGUGUGAAGUACGUGUGCCAAAGGAUUAACGACGGAACUACGAAUGAAAUUACACGCACAGAAGUGGAAUCCUUGCAAGUAAACCAUGGUUCUGAAGCAAAUCAGCAUGGGCAAGGUGGAUAUGGUACUAUUUACGAGAGGUACACUCAGAUUAAGAAGAAGCUCAGUGGCAUGCGGAAGAAGAAAAAUGGAUCUUUUGUCACUCCCAAUAUUAAUGAACAAGAGAUCCAAGAGCACCUGCCUAUUCCUGAUGGAUCCUCGGAAACUGAUGAUGAUGCAGUCCAGUUAAGGCCCCCAAGAAGGUGGCGGCGGCCUUCCUCAUCCUCUUUAUCACGCUCAUCCCACGUGAGUCAGCUCACUAGGGAGUUGGAUGAGUAUAAGAGGAGGUGUGAGGAGGCAGAGAGGGAGGUUCACAGACAGCGAGAGAACAUAAGCUCCGUUCAUAGAGAGAUGCAGGAGGAAGUGAACUCCAUGAAGAGACAACAAACACAGCGGCAGCAAGAAAUGGAAGCCAAUCAGAGACAGAUGGAGCAGCAAAUUCAGUUUCUCAUGUCACAACUCCAACUCCGUAGAGACGACGUCCCUCCUAAAUAG